AUGACUGUUGGAUACAUCGCUCGCUACAUCUCGGCAAAGUCACCACUUGAACUUGGACCUUAUAUUAUACAAUCGCUCUUUAUCAUCUUACCGCCCUCUCUAUACGCCGCAACAAUCUAUAUGAUCUAUGGUCGGAUAGUCAAUUUUGUCCACUCGCCUGACGCAAGCAUGAUUCGACCUGAUCGUGUUACAAAAAUAUUUGUUUUCGGAGAUGUUAUAUCAUUCUUCAUGCAAGCUGGCGGUGGUGGUAUGAUGGCUCAACCUGACAUGGCCAAUCUCGGUCAGAAAAUCAUGCUCGUCGGGUUGUUUUGUCAACUCCUAUUUUUCAGUUUGUUUUUAGCUAUUUCCUUGGUGUUUUGGAAGCGAAUGCAAUCUUCUGCUAAGCUAUACACUACUCCAGCAUAUGGAAAGCACACCUGGAAGUCUUUGAUGAAGCUCUUAUUCGGAGCUGCUGUCAUUAUCAUUUUGAGAUGCGUCUAUCGCAUCGUUGAAUUUUCACAAGGAAACAGCGGCUAUCUUGCAAGUCAUGAAAUUUACAUGUACAUUUUCGACGCUGUGCCAAUGUGUAUUGUGCAAUUGAUGUUUCACUUUGUUCAUGCGGGUAAUGUCUUCCCUUCGGGGCUUGGAGAAUCAAUGCAACAGGAUAAUGGGAGUUGGGUAGCCCUCAACGAAAGGAUAUAG